AUGUCAGAGGAUUCGGAUUUUGAUGAAGAAGCUCAUACAAAAUUGCUAAACAAUAUCAAUAGCUUGGGUAGUAGUGUCAAAAAAGGACCACUGAUUAGGAAGUGUCAGAAGAAAGUUCAUGUUAAGGAGCUAGUUGGCCUUAUACGAUCCACAAAAAAUGUUGACGACGUGAAGGAGAAAUUGGUAAAGAAAAAGAAGCAAGGAAAAACAGCAGCAAAAGACGAACCGAGAACCUUGCAGGCACCAUCUCAUAGAUUGGUCCGAGAAAAGAUUGAAAGUUUCAUUGCAUACAACGAUAUUCGGAAGGAUUUGGAAGAAUGGGCUCCAAUUGUCAAGAGAAAUAGACUUGCUGAACAAUUAGUAUUCCCACUUACUAAAGACCCACCACUUGAACGAACAGCAUCGGAUUUGGUACUCUUUUUCAAGCCAAGGACACCGUUGGAAAUACAAUUGGCCAAGCUGUUGAAAACAUCAAAGAAUAAUCUUCGUGAUGGCGAAGAAUAUACAGAAGCUGAAUUAGAAUUAUUGAGAGCAAUGAAUUUGAAAGAGGCAAAAGCGAAAUGGGCUGAGUUAAAAAAAAUGCGGGCUUUAGUUGGUUAUCGAGAAGCGAAACUGAAACGACAAGCUAAAAUAAAAAGCAAAUCAUAUCAUCGACAUAUGAAACGUCAAAAGAGGAAGCAGUUAAUCAGAGAAUUUGAAGAAAUGAUGGUCAAAAAUCCAGAAGCUGCCAAAGAAAAACUGGAAGAAAUUGAUCGGCAACGGAUCCUGGAACGAGCUACAUUAAAACAUCGCAACGGUGGAAAAGGUGUCCAACAGUUGGCAAGAUAUGCGAGUAAAAAUAAGGAUUUCAAAAAAAUAUAUGAAGAGCAAAUAAGAUUGGGGAGAGAACUGGCCGAAAAACAUGGUCGUGAGAGGAAUUCGGAUUCCGAUUCUGAAUCAGGAAAUACGGGUGCAGUGCAGUUGACCAGUGCAAAAAUGCUUGAGAGGGCAGCCGAAGUGCUGGAAAAAGAAGAAAAGGAAAGGGAAUCCACCAAGCCAGAGUUGAAAGCGAAACUGCGUGAAAUGAGAGAACGAGAACGUGAGAAUCUCAGAAGUAGCGCAUUACGCGCCGCAGAUGCAGGAUCCGUAGCUCGCCAAAGACACGAAUUGGGCACUGAUGUAGCUGAUAAAUCAGUGGUUCCCAUUGAAAAAGUUGUGGAAAUAGAGUGGGGUCAGGAAGAUGCAGUGAACAAUGAAGAGCAGUCGAAUGAAACAGAACAUCAGCAAGAUAUCUCUAUAAACUCUGAACAGGACCAUACUGAAAAGAAAGUUGAUAAACAGUCUAAAGAAGGUCUCAAAAACUUGAAAAAAAAGAAAAAGUCAAAGAAAAUGAAGAAUAAACAGGAAGUCACAGAUGUAAAGGACAUGGAUAUCGAUCAGCUAUUUGAUAAAGCAGAGCAGCAGCUCAUUGAAAAUGCUCUAAAGAAAUGUGAACUUCUGAAAUUAGAGGACGAAGAAAAUAAGCGUAAUCAUAGUCUUCCAAUUGCUCCUGAAUCUACAGUGAUCCAUCGACAAAAAGAGAAGAAAAUCGCUACAAAAACCGAGGAAGCAGCCAUUGAUAUUUCUCUGGAUCCAAGACAUUUUCUUCAAGUCGAAACGAUGGCAUUGCCACAAGUGUCAGCUGACUUCGUUGAAACUUUGGAAGAUACUUAUGAGCAAGCAAAGGAUCAGGAAGAAAUUAUAGCCAAGGCAUUCGAAGAUGUUGAUGUUAUUGGUGAUUUUGAAGCGGAAAAGGAAGCUGUGGAAGCAGCAGAGAACCCAAAAGACAUCGAUCUAACUCUUCAUGGAUGGGGUUCAUGGACGGGACCGGGAAUAACCGAUAAGAAAAAAGAUAGAUUUGUAGUCAAAGUGCCGAAAAAGAAGAGGAAAGAUGCUGGAAAAACAGGCUUAAUUAUAUCAGAAACAGUGGAUCAGUCAAUUGAAAAGAUACAACUCAAAUCGGUACCAUUUCCUUAUACAACCGUUGAGGAUUAUGAAGCUGUAAUACGACAGCCAUUAGGAAAGGAAUGGAAUCCACAACGAAUUCAUAUGAAACUUAUUCAGCCACAGAUUGUAACAAAAGCGGGUAGAAUAAUCAAACCACUGGAUAAGAGUAUAUUGGAAGAUGAAUCUGAUGAUGAAAAAUAA